AUGAAACAAUUCAACAUCAACAUUAUAUCUGACCCGAUAUGUCCCUUUUGCUAUCUCGGCAAGAAGCGUCUUGACAAAGGCAUUGAGCUCUACCGUAAAGUCUACCCUGGAGGCAAGGACGACACUUUUAAUAUCACAUGGUCGGCCUUUUACCUCGAUCCUGACCUGCCACAAGUCGGAGUACCUCUGGCCGGACAUAUGGAAAGGAAAUUCGGCAAGGAUCGCGUUCCCGCCGUUCGGGAGAGACUUCGAAAGCACGGUCUACAAGACGGCAUCAACUUUAACCCAGAUAGCAAGAUUGGACACACGCGGAAUGCGCACCGCUUGAUCCAGUUUGCAAAGACCAAAGGAAACGAGUCGGAAAACCGCGUGGUUUUGGAGCUAUUCAAGGCCUACUUUGAGGACGGUGGCGACAUCACGAGCUUUGACUUGCUCACGGACGCUGCUGUCAGGGCUGGCCUGGAUCGUGUUGAGGCGCGGGAGUGGCUACAAAGCGAUCGAGGGGGAACAGAAGUCGAUAAGGAAGUGGCAGAAGCGAACGCUCUGGGUAUCCAUGGAGUGCCAAACUUUACUAUUCAAGGCAAAUGGAAGGUGGACGGCGCACAAGAUCCCCAGGACUUUAUGGAAGCUAUCGUAGCAGCCAAGGAGGGAAGAUCAAUGAGCUCGGUUGAUGGUAAUACCUGUUGA